AUGGGCCAUGAAAAUCCAGUAGAGCAAGCCAUGACCAUUCUCAGGAACAGGCUCACCAAUCCCUCUUUCGUCUUCUCAUUUUUCUCCCAAUUUACUGACUCCAAUUACAGUAAACUGAAGUAUAUAAUAUCAAGUUCAAUAACCGAGGCAUGUAACAAUUCGGUUCUUCUUUUGGGUCCUAGAGGAUGUGGGAAAAGUGCGGUGUUAGAGCUAGUUCUUGAAGAGCUACUAAAAGAGUAUCAAGACAUGGUUACCGUGAUUAAACUCAAUGGGCUUCUCCAUAGUGACAACAAUUGCGCACUGAAGGAGAUAGCUAGGCAAUUGUGCCUGGAGCAUCAAUUGCUGUUCUCUAAAAUGGCUUCAUUUGAUGAUAACUCCCACUUCUUGCUGUCCAUGUUGAGGGAGUGUGGAUUAGCACACAAAACAAUUAUUUUUGUGCUGGAUGAGUUUGAUCUUUUUGCACAGGGAAAACAGCGACUUCUUUACAGUUUGCUUGAUGCAAUGCAAUCCAUCACAUCACAAGCUGUUGUAGUUGGAGUGAGUUGUCGAUUGGACGCUGAUCAGCUUUUGGAGAAGAGAGUAAGAUCUCGUUUUUCACAUAGGAAGUUGUUGUUUCUUCCUCCCUCAGAGGAUGAAUUGCUUAGACUUGUUACGCACAUUCUACUAUUGCCGACAGAUUCUGGACUCCCAAACGAUUACACAACUGCUUUCAAUGCAGAACUCUCUAACAUUCUAGCAGAUGAAAAUUUCAAGAAAAUCUUUGACACAUUAAGUUAUUCUGAUUCGACGGUUGGCCAUCUGUUGAGAUUUCUGUUCUCAGCCGUUAGUCAAAUGGAUCCGAAUUCUGGUUUGCUAUCUUUGGAGAAUUUUAAAUCAUCACUACGGAGAAUACAGAGGCAACCGAAGCUUGAGGCUUUGAAAGAUUGCUCCAUCUUAGAGCUUUAUAUUUUGGUUUGCAUGAAAAGGCUGGAAGUGAAAGAGCUGGAGUUAUGUAACUUUAAUUCUAUAAUGAAAGAGUACAAAAGCGUUCAUGAUACGUUUCAAACAUCGGACUAUUAUGCACGGAAUGUGUGCUUACGGGCAUUUGAGCAUCUUUUGGUACGUGCACUAGUCGCCUUUGAGGACAACAGAGGUCAUGGCCAAUCUUCCGAGUUUCGUCCAGUGAAGCUUUUAAUAUCAUGGCACGAAUUACAUCAAGGGUUGAAAAUUAAUCCCUGUUGUCCGGCAGUCCUACUUAAACUAAUGGAUCGCGAAGGUUAA